ACCCCCAAGGAGAUUACCUAGAUUCCUGGGGCUCUGUCUGCUGACAGUUUAGGGAAAGGCACACUGUCCCUGGUAGGGAGGGGGAGCUAAGGCAGACUCAGAGUCUGCCUGGCAACCAAUAGGGAGUGAGAUGCCCUUCACAGGGAGCUCAGGAAAGGGGAGAAGCCAUUUUUUGAGACAGUCUGGAGCCAGUCAGGGCAAGGGCAGGACUUUCUGUGUGGGGAGCUCGUGAGUCCCAUGCCUGCAGGCAGGGUUCCCCCUGAGAACUGGCCUCUAGGGACCUGAAAGCAAGAUCCCUCAGCUGGGCUUUUCCCUCUCCACUGAUGGCUCCCAGUUUGUACAGUUUUUCUGGGAAACUUCCCCAGCCAGGGUGCAUUAGCCCUCCAGCUCCCUAGGUGAGACCAGUCAGCACAUGGUCAGCUCUACUCUGAAUGCUAGUCCAGGGUUGCUACCUGCGGUGAGUGUGUCUGGACGCUGUGGUAGGAGACUACAGUUUGGAUUUUAGUAUAAGUAUGUAAUCUGCACCUUGAGCCCUGCACCCUUUGUGGUAAGGGGAAAUCCUGGGACCAGGAGCAGCCUGACUCCUACCUGAAGAGGAUCCCUGCCAGCAGAGAUCAGCCCCUCUGCAGUGACUGAGGAGUCCAGAGUCAUCUCUGAAGCUGAGGAUCAUUCAUGGAGUUUAUGGAGGCAACAUGGAACCAGGUUUUGGGGAUGAGGAAGAUGAUGAUGAUGAGGUUGUAGAUAGCUCACAGCAAGGAAGCGGAGAAACUGGUUUUCCCGACAGCCAAGAACUGUUUCCCACGCUGGACCUGGAGCCAGUACCCCCCGAACCCACCCAAGGCUGCCUCCUGGACCCGCCAGGCGGAGAAGGUACCUCUGCUGCAUGUGUUUCAAGGAUCACAGGAUCUUCUCCUUCCCAGAGGUUAGCGAAGAUCAGAAGGCGAAAAAAACGCACUCGCGAUGAAAUGUUCUCUGAGCUCACGCUGUCCUCCCACACUGACAGAGCACAGGCGAAUGCAUGGAGGCAGACAAUGUCAGAGUGCAGGAAAGCACAAAAUGACCGGGAGGAGAGGUGGCGGGCUGAAGAGAGGGCUGAACCUGAAAGAUGGCGGCAGCAUGAUGAGAGGAGGCAGGACUCAAUGCCGAGCCUGCUGGAGGAGCAAACCAAUAUGCUCCAGCAUAUGGUUGAGCUGCAGGAAAGGCAGCAGGAGCACAGACUGCCGCUACAGCCCCUAUGUAACCAACCAACCACCCUCCUCCCCAGGUUCCAUAGCUUCCUCACCCAGACGCCCAAGAACAAGGUGGGGGGGCCUCCAGCCACUCCACCCGAGAGGAUUGCCCAAGCAAUAGAAGGCUGGGAUUCAAUAAGUUUUAAAGUUUUAAACUUUUAAAGUGCUGUGUGGUCUUGUCCUUCCCUCCUCCACCACCCCUCCUGGUGCUUCUCUCCUCCACCACCCCUCCUGGUGCUUCUCUCCUCCACCACCCCUCCUGGGCUACCUUGGUAGUUA